GGGGCGCUGAGCCGAGAGGCGCGGAGGCGGCGAGGGUGCGGGGGCUCUGAGGGCCGCUCGGCGCCGCCUCCUGCCACACCAUGGGCAGCGCAGAGGACGCAGUCAAAGAGAAACUGCUGUGGAACGUGAAGAAGGAGGUGAAGCAAAUCAUGGAGGAGGCGGUCACCAGGAAGUUCGUGCAUGAAGACAGCAGCCACAUCAUUGCUUUAUGUGGUGCGGUGGAGGCUUGCCUCUUGCAUCAGCUGAGACGCCGUGCCGCUGGCUUCCUGCGCAGUGACAAGAUGGCAGCCCUGUUCACCAAGGUGGGGAAGACGUGCCCAGUGGCGGGGGAGAUUUGCCACAAGGUACAGGAGCUGCAGCAACAAGCAGAGGGCAGGAAACCCUCAGGGGUCAGCCAGGAGGCCCUGCGGAGACAGGGCUCAGCCAGCGGGAAGGCCCCGGCCCUCAGCCCUCAGGCCUUGAAACACAUAUGGGUACGCACAGCGCUCAUCGAGAAAGUUCUGGACAAGGUUGUGCAAUACCUGGCGGAAAACAGCAGCAAGUACUACGAGAAGGAGGCACUGCUGGCAGACCCUGUGUUCGGCCCGAUCCUGGCCUCUCUUCUAGUGGGACCCUGUGCCUUGGAAUACACUAAGCUCAAGACAGCCGAUCACUACUGGACUGACCCCUCUGCUGAUGAGCUGGUCCAGCGGCACCGCAUCCGGGGUCUGCCUACUCGCCAGGACUCCCCUGCAAAGCGCCCAGCCCUGGGGAUCCGGAAACGGCACUCAAGUGGCAGCGCGUCGGAGGACAGGCUGGCUGCCUGCGCCCGCGAGUGUGUGGAGUCCCUGCACCAGAACUCACGGACGCGGCUGCUCUAUGGCAAGAACCAUGUGCUGGUGCAGCCGAAGGAGGAUAUGGAGGCGGUCCCUGGCUACCUCUCCCUGCACCAGUCUGCAGAGAGCCUGACUCUGAAGUGGACCCCCAACCAGCUCAUGAAUGGGACUCUGGGGGACUCCGAGCUGGAAAAGAGCGUUUACUGGGACUAUGCCCUCGUGGUGCCCUUCAGCCAGGUCGUGUGCAUCCACUGCCACCAGCAAAAGAGCGGUGGCACGCUUGUGCUGGUGAGCCAGGAUGGCAUCCAGAGGCCGCCGCUGCAUUUCCCGCAGGGAGGACACCUGCUGUCCUUUCUGUCCUGUCUGGAGAAUGGGCUGCUGCCUCGGGGACAGCUAGAGCCCCCGCUGUGGACCCAGCAAGGGAAGGGGAAGGUGUUCCCCAAGCUACGGAAACGAAGCAGCAUUCGCUCCGUGGAUAUGGAGGAGAUAGGCGCGGGGCGGGCCACCGACUAUGUGUUCCGGAUCAUCUACCCCGGCCACAGGCACGAGCACAUCACUAUUAACUACCACCACCUAGCGGCCAGCCGCGCGGCCUCGGUGGACGAUGAUGAGGAAGAGGAGGAUAAACUGCACGCGAUGCUCUCAAUGAUCUGCUCGCGGAACCUCACAGCUCCCAAUCCGAUGAAAGAUGCUGGUGACAUGAUCGAGAUGCAGGGCUUUGGGCCCAGCCUGCCAACCUGGCACCUGGAGCCCCUGUGCAGCCAGGGCUCCUCCUGCCUCUCCUGCUCCUCCAGCAGCUCCCCACAUGCAACCCCCAGCCACUGUAGCUGCAUCCCCGACCGGUUGCCGCUCAGGCUACUGUGUGAGAGCAUGAAGAGGCAGAUCGUGUCCCGGGCCUUCUACGGCUGGCUGGCACACUGCCGCCACCUGUCCACGGUGCGGACCCACCUGUCAGCGCUGGUGCACCAUAGCAUUAUCCCACCUGACCGGCCCCCAGGGGCCUCCGCGGGCCUCACCAAGGACGUGUGGAGCAAGUAUCAGAAGGACAAAAAGAACUACAAAGAGCUGGAGCUGCUGCGGCAAGUUUACUACGGAGGCAUAGAGCACGAGAUCCGCAAGGACGUCUGGCCCUUCCUGCUUGGCCACUACAAGUUCGGCAUGAGCAAGAAGGAGAUGGAGCAGGUGGACGCAGUGGUGGCAGCAAGGUACCAGCAGGUGUUGGCAGAGUGGAAGGCCUGCGAGGUGGUGGUGAGGCAGCGGGAGCGGGAGGCCCACCCAGCCACACGCACCAAGUUCUCCUCAGGCAGCAGCAUCGACAGCCACGUGCAGCGCCUCAUCCACCGAGACUCCACCAUCAGCAACGAUGUGUUUAUCUCUGUGGAUGAUCUGGAACCCCCCGGGCCCCAGGACCCUGAAGAUUCCAGACCAAAACCUGAGCAGGAAGCAGGAGCCGGGACUCUGGGCACCGCCAUGGUGGAGCAGCAGCAUUCCAUGGAGUUCGACUCUCCAGACUCAGGACUGCCCUCCUCUCGCAAUUACUCCGUGGCCUCGGGCAUCCAGUCAAGCCUAGAUGAGGGGCAGAGCGUGGGCUUCGAAGAGGAGGACGGCGUUGGGGAGGAAGGCUCCAGUGGGCCCGGCCCUGCAGCUCACACUUUGACGGAGCCCCAGGAUCCCAGCCAGGAGAAGCCUCAGGCCGGAGAGGAGCUUGCGGCUGUGUGUGCAGCUGCCUACACUAUAGAAUUACUGGACACCGUGGCCUUAAACCUGCACCGCAUAGACAAGGAUGUGCAGAGAUGUGACCGCAACUACUGGUACUUCACGCCCCCCAACCUCGAGAGGCUCAGAGACGUCAUGUGCAGCUACGUGUGGGAGCACCUGGACGUGGGCUAUGUGCAGGGCAUGUGCGAUCUGCUGGCUCCUCUCCUGGUCACCCUCGACAAUGAUCAGCUGGCCUACAGCUGCUUCAGCCACCUCAUGAAGAGGAUGAGCCAGAACUUCCCCAACGGGGGUGCCAUGGACACCCACUUUGCCAACAUGCGCUCCCUCAUCCAGAUCCUGGACUCAGAGCUGUUUGAGCUGAUGCAUCAGAAUGGAGACUACACCCACUUCUACUUCUGUUAUCGCUGGUUCCUGCUGGAUUUUAAGAGAGAACUGCUGUAUGAGGAUGUGUUUGCUGUGUGGGAGGUGAUCUGGGCAGCCAGGCACAUCUCAUCGGAGCACUUUGUCCUGUUCAUCGCCCUCGCCCUGGUGGAGGCCUACCGAGAGAUCAUCCGCGACAAUGACAUGGAUUUCACUGACAUCAUCAAGUUUUUCAACGGUAUGAGCCGGCCCAGCCAUCCGGGCUGCCCUGAGCACACAGUUGGAGGGUUCUCAGGAAUUCUGGGGGCCCUUCCCCAAAGGCCGGGAUGUCAAGAAUCUAGCAGAGCAGAUGGAAACAGAGCAGGGUAGUCAGCCACCUCCUAGCCUGCUGCCCUUUCUCUGGGCCUCCCUACAGCUCUCCACGUUUCCCCCCCAGAACGUGCUGAGCAUCACGAUGCCCAGGAGAUCCUGCGGAUUGCCCGGGACCUCGUCCACAAGGUGCAGAUGCUCAUAGAGAACAAGUGAGCUGGGGCCAGGAGGCAGCAGCCACGCGGAGCCUGGGCUCCGGCAGGGAGAGGUGCAGGGGAAUCACCGCCCAGACCUCCCCAGCCACCAACCGACCCCACCUCUGUUCCUAACAAAGCGAUUGUGAGCCUGGAUCCGACUCCCGGCAGUGCUGACCCUGCAGGGCAAGUCAGGGGCCAGGAUGCCUUCGGAUCAGGGCCAGGAUGGGAGGGGUCAGCCUCAGGGAGCAGCUGCCUUGGGGGACACACCUACUCUGCUCCCCUCUCACACAUCUGGGAAUAGCCCCACUGCCACCUGCAGCCUCGGCCUGGACUGUUGCCCAUGAGUGAACCUGGGACCCCAAAGGAUUAAUGGGCUAUAGUGGCCUGGGCCCUACUUAGCUGGGGUGGCAGAGGGCGAGAGGCUCUGUGCUGUGUCCCUUCUGAGGGUCCCUUUGCAGUCCCUGUAUAUUGUGCGUGCACCAGCCCCAGUUGGAGCAGCCAGAACUGCUGCCGGUUUAGACACACGUCCUGGGUGCGGGAGACCUGGGCCGCCUUCAGGCUGCUCCCCCGAGAUUCUGGGGCAGUCGGAAGAUGUGGGCCCUGGGUGGGAGCAGCCCACUUCAGCAGCACUGCCACUGCCUUUGGCCACCUGAGGUGACCCCCAGGCCUCCCCGGCCCUGUACACUGUACCUCUGUGUAUCUGUACAGCCUCGCUCCUGCCACCCCACCCUUGCAUUCUGCAUUAGGUACUUCUCCGAAAACCACGUGUAAGUGAUGCUCUUGCCAGUGGAUGAUCUGGAAUGCGACCGGAGCACUUGCUCUGAGGAAUCCCAGGGUGACUGUGUAGGGGAGCAGUCCGGUCACAGCCUCCCCUCAGAGACAGGCCUCAGUUCUAGGGCAGCCCAUUAUCUGUCGCAGACAUCUGCCACGUCCCUGAGACUGCGGGAGGCAGGGGAUGCAUGGGUGUCCCCAUCUGUCCCUGGCGAGAAGCAAGGCUAGCUCUGCCUUCCACAUGCUUCUCAGGAUGCCAAGAGGCCUAGGAACCCAGAAACCCCCUUGGAGGAGCUGUGUACACGGGGGUGCCAGGAAGGGCAUAGCUCCUGCCCCCAGGCCUAGGCAUGCUGCUUGCUCGGCCAUCGCCACUUCCUCCUCUACCCCAACACAUGCAGGCUAGGCCUUGCCCUGGAACCUGGAGGCCCUGCCCGAGGCUGGGGCCUGUCCACCAGCCACCAAAGUCUGGCAGACUUUGUGCAUUUGAGAAACAUGACAAAGGGCCCCGCAGCCCUUCUGCACCCAGCACAGCCUGCCCAGCCCAGCCCUGCCCCCGGGCACUGCACAGCCUGUCAGGGGGCCAGACCACCCCAUUGUCCAUUCUUGUUGUCCAUGAGUCCUUGGCCUCCACCAAGCACGUGUGGCCAUUGUGUGCCUGCCUUAGUGACUCCGUGGUUUUGUGAGGAGCAGAGUGUGUAUGGUUUUUGCCUCAGAAACUAUACUCUUCUGUGUAACAGACCAAUAAACAGCAUUUGUCAACA